GCGCUGCUAGCUUGCUGUCUGGUCCUGUGUGUCCUGAAUGAAUGACAUCAUGCAGGCUGCUGUUUGCGUCGGGCUGCGAGCGGACUCCUUCAGACAGUAACGGGUAAUCUGGGAGUGUCAUCUAAAGCCAGCCGUUAAAGCUGCGCGCGUGGUGAUGGACAGAUGAGGUCAGGCAGGGUUAUCUCUAGACACCCUAAAGGUGUAAAGUGAUGCAGCAGAAGUUGUGUUCCCGAGGUUCUGGAUCCUUCCUUUUAGAGAGGAACGGCCAGGCCUGCGGUGCGAUUGUGGACGCUGUCACUCCCUGUGACCUCCCCUUCCGCUGUCCCCGCUGUGGUGAGCAGGAGCGUUUUCGCAGUUUGGCUUCCCUCCGCGCUCACCUCGAGUACCGCCACUCGUAUCGCUCACCAGACAUGGUCACUGGAGGGUUCAGCAUCACUGGGAAGCUCCCCGACCCGCUGACGGCAGCUAUCCCGUGGCACGACAUGAGCCUCCCGACGCGUAGGGGGCAGCAAAGUACAGGGAGGCCGCCUCAUGUCCGCUCCCUCAGCGACAGCAGAGACAGCGGAUACCUCCACUCAUAUGGGUCUGCGAGGAGGCGCACCCAGAGCGUUGGGGUAGGGACGCAGGCGGAGGAGGACGAGGAGGAGGAUGAGGAAAUCGAUGUGGGGACAGAAGACGAAGAUGUGGAAGAGGACGAGGAGGAGGAGGACGAUGAGGGUGAAGAGAGAAGUGGAAGUAGAAAUGAGGAGGAUUUGAAAACCUCAAAAAAGUCAGACCAUCACCACAUCAACCACCAUCACCUCCUGUUCCCGCCUCCAGCUCCUCUUGGCCCUCCACCGGACCCAGAUCUGGACCUGGAUCUGGAUCUGACUGAGCAGAACUCCUACUCCGGUUUGGAGACAGCAGCAGCCUCGGCCGCAGUGCGGCAGCGGCUGGCCAGCAUCCUGCGGGCGGCCGAUAGCACCAUGCAGCGCCGGCUGGCCAGGGUGAGCACCGAGCUGGCUCAGACCGACACGGAGCUCCUGUGUGAGCGUGCUCACUCGCAGCAUCUGGCCCAGGAGAGGCAGGAAGUUGCAGACAAGGAGAGGUCGCUUAGCCGACAGGUGGAUGUGGCUGUCAUGGUGAUUGCUGCGCUGAGGGAGCAGCUCAACGCCUCAGAGAACGAGCUGGAGCGGCGAGAGAGGGAAGUGUUAACCAUCCAGAAGUUUCUGGAGGCGGCGGUUCGCCAGGAGACGUGCGGCAAAGUUCGAAUCCAGCGCUUCAUCGAGAAUCUGCUGAGACGUAUCGCUCUGGCCGAGAGGCUGGUGGAGUAUUACCAGGUCAACGGUAGUCCGCCACAGUGCAACCACUACAAGCAGCACCAGCAGAAAACUGAUAACGGCCCUCACAGAAUAACUAAGAGCAGGUCAGCAGGAGGUCAGCUGUCCUCGUCUGGUCUCGCUGACAGCAGAACUCAGUCCUCGUCCCAGUUCGGCGGACGUCCUCUGUCCUCAAAAGCAGGCGGAGACCGAGAUUGGGAGCGGGAACACCGGGAGCGCCUAGCUCAGUCAUCCCGGCUGUUCUGCCGGCCUGAACACAGAGACGACAUCUGGAACCAUCAGCGGCGCCGGUCCACUGGGUACGAGACCUAGACCAGCAGAGAAAGACCAGAGGGAGGGGUGUCGGGGGCAAGACUUUAUUACACAAUGACUUCAUUCCAGUACGUUAACCUAUGGAAAAGUAGCACAUGCUCCCAUCAGCAUCAGACUUGUUUUACACCACUUCUCAUCGUAAAGCUGGAUUUGUUAGUCUGACUUGAGCUUACAAACUCACAGGAGGGUGUGUCCAAAAUAACAAAUACUAAACAGUACUAACUAUUUUUGCAUCAUUGCAAAUUUAGACCAAAUUUUCUAAAAAGAUUUUAAAAAGGAUUAUUUUUGUAUCUGGCAAAUUAUUUAAAAAUAUUUAGAUAUUCAUACUUUAUUGCUUCUCCUCCUGAAAACUCCAUAAAUGACAUGUGGUCUCUAAUAAUAAUGGAGGGAAAACUAUAUAUAAAAGAUGGACGUAGCUUCCAGGUCUGAGAAGUGGUGCCAGUGUGGAAGUGCCUUAAACCUGCAUUCUUUCUAAUGGCCAGCAGGGGGCGGAUUCUGAUGACAAGAAGAAGGCUGUGAGACCAUUAAAGGUUCGGCUUGCUUGGUUUUUGACCCAGUACAUCCAGCUUUUACAUAAAAUCUAUUGGAUAAUAAAAUUCUGAAGAUGAUAACAGAUUAUCAUGGCUGCUUCCUCCUAACAGGGUUUACAACGUAAAGCAAUAACAAAUAUGACUCCAUGAGCUCUUUGCAUCAGGCACAUUCCACUUUUAAUUGCUUGCAUUGUGUUGCUGUAAUUUUGGUACUUUUCCAUAGAUUAUUAAACUGGAGUGGACCAUUGUAAACUGUUACACUUGGUUAUUUUUCCUUUGGAUGUAUGAGUGGGUAAACCUUCGAUAUUAAAACAUAGAACUGGAUUCUGUCUGUUAAGUAUAAUAGUUCAUUUUAUCUUCAGGUACAAAGACGUGUUAUGAUUUAAUGCCCGUCUGAUCACAGAAUUUGAUGCCUGAUGACACGUCCUCUCCUCUGGUCAGACCUUCACAUCCUGGCCUGGUUCGCUCAAAAACUCCUGAUCAGUCAAGCUAUCGUAUCUCUGCCUGUGCUUUCUAAGCCAAACCAUCGCCCGGGAUCGUCUUGAUAGUUUAAGAUUUGUUUAGUCUGUUCAGUCACAUCUUAACAACCCAUCACGAGUGAAACUUUGGGUUUCUGCUGAAGAAGGAGGUACAAGGAGCUAAAUUAUUACUAUUCCAAGAGGAAUCCUGGGUCUUUGCCUUUGCACGGUACACCCAACUCCACUGUCUAUCGUUUCUGGCCGUGACUGUUUUGGACUGUGCCCAACUGGUUCCAUGUUUCAAGGCUGCUUCCAAGGUCUGGUUCAAAUCCCUUUCCGCUCAUAGUCUGGGCUGUUCCUUUCCAAGAGAGGGUCCUGGUAUGUAAAGAGUUUGCAUGGCCACAGUCCUUUUUCUGUCCUUGACGGAACCAAAUUCAGUGCCAUUGUAGUGGUGGCUAUUUUAGGUGAUACCCAACUCCAGCUCUUUUGGGCUCCACCCAUCACCAUUACCCCUGGUGUGGCUUUGCUAGCUUCUGGACAACAUUUAUCGCUUCUAGUUGUCAGUUUUUAUUGAGGUUACUCAGAAAAGAAAACCAAACAGACCUGGGACCUGUUCGCCUUGGAAAACUCUCGCAGGGUUUUUCCUCAAACAGUGCUGUUCCCAGGAUCACAGAGGCACACAAGGAUAAUGAGGUGAUUCUUCAGUGAACGUAUCUGGGAAAAUUAAUAUCUCACAAUCUCAUCCAUGAGUAAAGUGAUAAUAAGACUGAGGGUGAUGUGCUUGAUUGCAGUAAGCUGUUGAUGACCGCCAGUUUAGUUUGUACGAAGAGGAAUCAGCUGAGGUGGUUUGAGCAAUUAGGAUGCUUCCUUGGCAGAGGUUUUCCAGGCAGAGGAGACUCUGAGUAAGGUUGAUUUUCAGUGAAGGCCUCCUUGUCAGCACUGAUUUGGUUUUUAAAGCACAGGCACGAGUUCGAUGAUGCCAGACCCGGAUCAAAUAUGUUCAGCAUGUAGCUGAGAGGAGUUUCCUUCGAAGAUGGAUCUGCUUUUGAUGCAUAGAAAGAAAAAAUCACAACAGGUGAUAAAUAAAAAUGGAGGAAACAGCUUCCUUCUACUCUACUCAAAUAAGGACGAAAUGUUGCAGAAAUGGGCAGUGAUAUUUUAGCGGUGGGUUUGAGAUGUGGCGCUGACAUGCUGCCACCACCAUCUCAACUCCAGUCCUCUGGACUUUGGUUGUGGACACUUGUUGGGGUAAAAUUAUCUGUAGCUGCUCGGUUGGCUGUCUCUCAUCAUAACACUGAGGCCAGGGCAAAAUGCAGGACCUCGAUAUCGUGUCUUGAAUCAUUACUGCAACGUCUGUAGAUGAUGUCACACGUCCUAGACGAUGACGCCCAUUUCUAAGAUGUUUUAGCUUCACUUCUAAGGAGCUGUCAUGCUAUCCAUCUGUGAGAAACUUACCGAUCUGCUGCCAAAGCAGGAUUUCAUCACUGGUGUGGUGGACGUAGAAAAACCCAAACAGCACAACUUUUUGGAUGGUUUGUCCCAUUUCAGACAAUCUGAACUGAAAAAAGACCCGAGGGCUUGUUAGCGUAGCCGACGUCCAUUAAUGGAGACGGUUGAAAAUAGUUCCCAACAAGUGCAGAUGCUUUUGGUGAAGCUAGGCUUGCUUUUUUGAAUAUAGCUGUCCAGGUACAUGAAGGAGCGGUUUGGCCCAGGUCUGGAGGACGCCACACACUUAACGAAUGUAUGAGUUAAUUUAUAGCUCACAGUGAAACGAUGCCGUGCUUCAAGUCCCGACGUUUCGGGCUUUAGCUCGCGCUCCUUCACGUUUAAACGGGUGGAGAUUCUCCAAUCACACACGAAUGACGUCGCGUCAGCGCUUUCAUCCAAAGUGACUUAACAGUGCCGUGAAUGCGUACCGUCCAUUUGCAGUAUUCUUAACGACUCACGACGGCUUGUUUAACAGAAUCAUUCCUCGAUCCGUUUACAUGUCUGCACUCAUCUAAUGUUAGAAUGUAAAUGUAAAAAAGGCAGUAUUUGGUGUAAACUGUAUCUUUGCUGUCGUCGGUUUAGGUUUUGUUGAUGGUGUUGAUAUUUUGUAUACAGAGCUGUUACAUGUCAUCAAGUGGAGGCUGUGGUCCUAGAGUACUAUAACUUGGCAGGACUUUUGUAUGACUUGCAAAUAGAAAUCAUUUUAUGUCUAACAGGGUGUCUGCAGGUUCUGGAAACAUUUUAGUAUUUCCUAAAUUAUGUCAUGCAAAUUCGUCUUGGAAACAUGUAAUUAUGGAAGUAUAUUACCCUGCUGCUGCUGAGACGCUACAGCAUGAAAUACUAUCUGUAUUAUCUAUUAUUCUCUCUUUCUUUCCAGUUAGUCGGUGUGAAUUUGACUUCGGAUUGACCUUGUCAGAUCUUCGAGAAUUGAGCUUCCAGGCACCCUUUUUGAAUUUCAGAUUUACUGGGAUAUUUUUAAAGCCAAUUAUAUGUUUGUGUUUUCAUUGGAAUCAAACUGAGAUGUGAGAAGUUUGGUAGUAAUGUAGAGUAUAUCUUUGAUAUUAAUGUUCUGUGGUCAAAAAAUGGAUUUGUGGACCCUGAAACGCUAUUCUUGAAUUUCGCUGCUCGGAGAAACCUGAUGCAGAUGGAUCUGGAUAAACCGACCACUGAGCACUGCUGUUGUUGAUAUAAAAACCCCAUAACUUGAUGUGACCUGUUGUGCGUAUAACAGGAGUAGAAGAUCCUAUAAUGGGAAAAGUUUUUCCUAGAAAGUGGAAUCUUCUGUCAUUUGUGACGUCAGUUUUGGCCCCCAAUGGCAACACCAGCAGGUAUAAGGAUGGGCAUUAAGCUUAGUAUCACGGAGUGAUACCACCCAGCAGAUUACUAAUGACUAACCUCGUGCUAUGGAUGGAUCAUCCCAGAUUUUUUCGCGGUUGAAGUUUGCUCAGUAUUUUAGCCUCUUUUCAUUCAGUGGCUCUGUGCACGUCUGGUUCCUCCACCUACAAGUUGCUGAAUUUCAUGAAGUUUCUCGAGGUUUCUGGUUACUUCAUCACUGCUGGGCUCUUCCUGUGUGGACGCCAGUGUAGUCUGCCGGUGAGGGAUGACUUACUAGCUUUAAGUUUUGGGGUUUUUUAUUCAGACAACAGCAGAUCUCUUGGAAGUGUGCGGGCGUUGGGUUCGACUCUGAACUGCUUCCUGUUGUGUAUCUGGAAAAUGGUAGAAGAUGCAUGAAGCAGCCCUACUACUACCACUACUACUACAUAUGUAGCUAUUGUGUUACUGUGAAAGCAUGCUUCAUAUGUAGCAAAAAACUCCUAUAAAAUACUGUUAUCUUGUACUACCAUGUGUACUUUUGUAGCAGAGCGAGGUCUAUUUUAAUGGUAUUUGAAGGAGAGUUGCACUAAACCAUCCAAGAGAGCUUUUCUUGGCGCUGUUGGAUGUCAUUCGAUGGGAAGAGGGAUGCAUAACGGACAAUCAGCAGGGUUCGUGCACAGGUUUGAAAGAGUUUUGAAAUGUCUGGGGUGAUCGAUGUGCAAGAGGCGGUUCAAGUGUGUAAGAAAAGAAAAGUAUUGUAACUGAUGUAUUGUUUGUUUGAAUAUGACUCUCUGCCUUUCUUGCAGUAAGGUGGUAGAGGUGACGUUAGCUUUUCUGUUUGCGUAAAACUGUUCUAGCAGCAGCGUUCUGUUUGAUAUUCUUGAUUUCUGUUGAUUUUUAUUUCUCUUUUGUCCGUAGGGAUUUCAUUUGCAGAAGUAAUCUCUAGUUUUGUGCCUUCACUCAAGAACUCUGUAGUCUGUAAAAAACAAAAAAAAACAAAAAAAAAACAACACAAACUUAAAAAAACACUGUGCAAAAAUGCAAUACUGUGAAGAUCUGGAACACUUUAUGUUGAAUCCCGUCGGUCGGUAUGUGUGAUAGCCAUCGAAGAUUAAAGAACAAAUAUGACGCCAAGACGA